AAUUAGAAAUAGACUUCCUCAAAUGUUUUUAUGGUUCGCGUUUUAUGCGCUUCUCACUGUCGAUUGCCACAUCAAUUUUUCAGCUGAGCGUAUUCGUGAUGAAAGUAGGCAACGAGGUAAACCGCAAUAUUGUGAAUGAUUGAGAGACUAUAUUUGAUUAGACAUGUCGUGUGUUUUGUACCUGGAAUGAUAUCGGUGAUUCCCGGCUGAACCCGUCGAAUGGGCGACUCGCAAGAACACCAGCAGGGGCAGACCAAUAUUGAGUUGGGGGAUUUGUCUCCAUCUCCAACCAAUGGCAGGGUAACUGACAACGCUGAUGGCGCACGUGCAGCUCCAGAUACCAGUGGAGAUGGCACAUCCACAAGACAAACAGAAUCAUCAUUCGACCCGAAACACAAUUUUGAUGACCGCGUAGUAUAUAUAAAUAAACCAUUAUUGAAUGUACAUAAACACAACAGUAAUAGGAUACAUACAGCAAAAUACACAAUAUGGAAGUUCCUACCGUUCUUCCUUUUCGAACAGUUCAGAAGAUGGGCAAACAUAUUCUUCCUGAUCAUCGCCCUGUUGCAACAGAUACCGGACGUCUCUCCGACUGGACGAUACACCACUCUAGUGCCUCUUGUUUUCAUUCUUUCCGUAUCUGCUAUCAAAGAAAUGAUAGAGGACAUCAAAAGACAUCGUGCGGACAAUGAGAUCAACAAGAGAAAAGUGGACGUACUUAAAAAUGACAAAUGGGUCAGUACGAAGUGGGUGGAUGUGGGGGUGGGAGACAUUGUCAAAGUCCAGAAUAAUUCGUUUUUUCCGGCGGACCUAGUGCUGAUAUCGUCAAGUGAACCUCAGGGAAUGUGUUUUAUAGAAACUUCAAAUCUUGACGGCGAAACAAAUUUGAAAAUUCGACAGGCCUUACCAAGCACAUCACUUACCACUACUAUACAUGGACUGAUCAGUAUGAAUGGGACCAUAGAGUGUGAAGCACCGAACAAACUGCUCUAUGAGUUCACUGGUGUUAUGAGGUUGAAACGUGCGACGGGCCCCGAGCCAUUAGGUCCUGAUCAGCUGCUGCUUCGAGGUGCUAUCCUGCGUAACACAUCGUGGGUAUUCGGAGUCACGGUAUACAUUGGUCAGGACACCAAGCUGAUGCAAAACACGACUAAAGCGCCCCUGAAAAGAUCCUCGGUGGACAAACUGACUAACAUACAGAUUUUGCUACUAUUCGGAGUCUUGUUCGUCAUGUGCCUGAUUUGUUCGAUAUUCAACAUCCUGUGGACCAACAUCCAUACUGAGACCGAUUGGUAUUUGGGAUUAGAAGGUGGUGCUCUUAACUUCAUAUUCACAAUAUUAACAUUUUUAAUUCUCUUUAACAAUUUGAUACCAAUAUCGUUGCAAGUGACGCUAGAAGUAGUCCGGUUUAUACAGGCAAUUUUCAUAAAUAUGGAUCGAGAAAUGUACUACGAAGAGACUGAUACGCCAGCGUGUGCCAGAACUUCAAACUUGAACGAAGAGUUAGGUCAGGUCAAAUACAUAUUUUCAGAUAAAACAGGGACGCUGACCAGAAAUAUUAUGGAAUUCAAGAAAUGUGCUAUUGGUGACGAGGUUUAUACUGUGGAAGGAAAUCUGACGGAGUCUAAAUUGGUGCAGCACAUACGUGAAGACCACAAAAACGCCGAACUAAUCCGCGAGAUGAUGAUCGUCCUGUCAGUCUGUCACACGGUGAUACCAGAAAUCUCACCCGACGGGUCCAUAGUAUACCACGCUGCAUCGCCCGACGAGAGGGCGCUAGUGUACGGGGCUAGCAGGUUUGGAUACGAGUUCGUCUGCAGGACCCCCCUCUACGUUGAGAUCUCCGCUCUCGGACUGAAGGAAAGAUAUGAGAUCCUAAAUGUGCUCGAGUUCACUUCAGCGAGGAAAAGGAUGUCUGUCAUUGUCAGAACUCCUUCUGGAAAAAUAAAAUUGUACUGUAAAGGCGCCGACAAUGUCAUAUAUGAAAGGUUAGAUAACAGUUCCAGCAGGGAUAAAGAAUACAGAGAACUACUAUUGCAACGGUUGGAAAGCUUUGCUGCUUCGGGUCUAAGAACUUUAUGUUGCGCUGUUACGGAAUUGAAACCAGCUGACUACGAAGAAUGGAAGCAGCUUUAUGAAAAAGCUUCUAUUUCAUUACAACAUCGAGAAGAGAAACUGGAAGAGGCUGCCAACUUGAUAGAACGUAAGCUAAAACUGAUCGGUGCAACCGCUAUCGAAGACAAGCUACAAGAAGGUGUUCCGGAAACGAUAGCAGCGCUAUUAGAGGCAGACAUUAACGUUUGGGUGUUGACAGGUGACAAGCAAGAGACCGCCAUUAACAUCGGGUAUUCGUGUAGGCUGUUGGUACAUGGCAUGCAGCUUCUUAUUCUCAAUGAAGACGGAUUGGAUAAAGCCAGAGAAUCAAUUUUGCGACAUUGUGACGAAAUGGGAGAUAACCUUGGAAAACAAAACGAAGUGGCUCUUAUCAUCGAUGGUAAAACUUUAAAGUAUGCUUUGUCAUGUGAGCUAAGGACAGAUUUCAUGAGACUCUGCCUAUCGUGCAAGGUAGUGAUAUGCUGCAGGGUGUCCCCAAUGCAAAAAGCCGAAGUAGUGGAACACGUGACAAAGCACACCAAAACAGUGACUUUGGCGAUCGGCGACGGGGCGAACGACGUCGCCAUGAUCCAAAAAGCGCAUGUGGGGGUUGGUAUCUCUGGGGUAGAGGGUCUGCAGGCGGCUUGCGCCUCUGAUUACAGCAUAGCGCAGUUUAGAUUUUUAAUGAGACUUCUUUUUGUCCAUGGAGCAUGGAAUUAUUCACGUAUGUGCAAGUUAAUCUUGUACAGUUUUUACAAAAACAUAUGCCUAUAUGUGAUAGAACUGUGGUUCGCCAUUUAUUCAGGGUGGUCAGGACAAAUCCUGUUUGAACAGUGGUCAAUAGGUCUUUAUAAUGUAAUAUUUACUGCCCUACCGCCUUUAGUGAUGGGUCUAUUUGACAAACCGUGUGGGGCAGAAAACAUGAUGACGUAUCCAAAAUUGUACAAGCCAUCACAAAGUGGCGCACUCUUUAACAUAAAGGUAUUCUGGAUAUGGAUAGUAAAUGGUAUGAUCCAUUCUGCUCUUUUGUUCUGGAUACCCAUGUGGGCAUGUGAACACAACGUGUUGUGGUCCUUUGGAGGGGAUGGAGGAUUCCUCGUUUUAGGAAACUGUGUAUAUACAUAUUGUGUAGUAACGGUGUGUCUGAAAGCUGGCCUAUCAACAAAUUCAUGGACUUGGUUCACGCAUUGCGCCAUUUUCGGUUCCAUCAAAUUGUGGUUCGUCUUUAUAUUCGUCUACAGUUUCUUUUGGCCUGCAACUCCAGUUGGAUCAUUAAUGGUUGGUAUGUACGCCAUGUUGUUUACAACCGCCGUUUUCUGGUUAGGACUGGUCGUUGUCCCCGUGUUCACGUUGUUACCUGAUUUUACCAUCAAAGUGAUUCAUAGUACAGUAUUCAAAUCGCUGACAGACAUAGUGAGAGAAAGUGAAAUCAAACAAACUGACACGGAGUUGUAUAGGGGUGAACCAAAAAAUUCGCUGUCGGAGACAGCUCGCCUCCUGAAGAACGUCUUCACCAGGAGGAGUACCCCAAGGAUCGAGUCGGAGGUGGAGCUAGCACACGGGUUCGCGUUCUCGCAAGAAGAAGGAGGAGUUGUCUCGCAAACGGACGUGAUUAGAGCAUACGACACCAACAUCCCGAAACCAGAUGGAAUGUAGUAGGCUUAGGAUUAUCCUCACGUCUUGCACUCAUGGUGUGUGCUUGAUUCGUACUAGGUAUUGAUGAUAUGACGUCGCUUAUGUGUUUGUUCGUUGUGAGGAAACGUGGACUAAGUACGAUGUGGUACAGUUUGAAGUAGGCAAAACUAGGCACAGACAAAAUGUCAUCGUAGAGUGAGUGUCAAAGGUGCUAUGGUUAGGCAAUUUUUGUGACGUUUGAGUACAACUGUCGUCCAAGUUGUUUGUGGAUUAGUUUGUCAGUAAGAUGAAUCUAGAACCUGAUAGAAUCUUAUGUAUUUACUGCAUAAAAUGGAAAAAUUAUCGAGUGUUUUAGAACUCCAAAAUGAAAUGAAACUAAGAAAUCGUUAUAAGUGUUAUAAUUGUAGUACUGAGUAGACCUGGUGUGAUCUUACACCUACAGAUUAUGUUUGUUGACUACAUUUCGUCGCGUUAUUUCAAUAUACGUCUCCAAAUCCUCUAGAGUGUUAUUAAAAAGUGAUUUUCCCGAAGUCCGAUUUCGAUGUGCCGGACAUGGUAAGCGCGAAAUCAAAUAAUGGUAUAGAUUCUCUAACAGUACUUCAAUUGUAUGGUUCAAUAUUUAGUUUUGCUUUUAAGUUAUAUAGGUUGCCCCAAAAUAAGAUGGUAAUUUCGGAAAUAUAGGAGAUAUAGGACAUAAAGAGCGUUUCUUAAUCAAGUUUUGAACGACGCUGUAUAAUUCUGCCUAAUUUUCUCAACGUUGUAGACAUAUGGGGAGUUACAUGAUAGUGUCCAUAAAAACAAUUUCUCCAUAUAAAUCGACGAGAACCGGCUGGCCUCAUAUAUAUAAAAUUUACUAAUCGACUAUCAGCCUUUAAGUUGAAAAAAUGUGCUCUUAUUUGGCAUCCACAAAAUGAGCCAUUUUUGAGCGAAACACUCUUGUUUCUAUACAGUCCAGUCAAUUUUAGUACUGGAUUCACUAUAUUAGUUAUUCAAAAUGAAGCAAUCAUGAUAAUAGAUUUGUAAUAAAUUAACCAAAAAAUUCCAGGAUAUCAAUUUUCAGAUCACUUAUACAGUUUUAGAUUUUUAUCGAUCUUCAUGCGGUUCAGCUAUUUUUCUGAAAAAGGCUCAUUUUAUCAAAAUUAAAUAAGAAUUCGUCUAAAAGCCCCAUCGGUAAUUUUUAUGUUCUAUACAAGAGAGAUUGUCGUCUUAUACCCGAUAUUAACCAUCUUAAGAUUUGUAACUUUUGUGUCGAAAAUAUUUUUAUGCUCCACUUAAAACGAAAUCCAAUGUGGUUUUAGAAAUGCUUAAAUAGCUUGUGUUAUAAAAAACUUUGCGUGCCAAAUACUAGGAAGUAUUUUACAGUUGUUGAUCGUUCAUUGAUAAAAUUACAUUCUACAGUAUAUAUGUCUUCAGUCUUUUCUCAGAUACGAUAAUGUCUUAUUAAUAUUUGCCAUUUCAAACUGAAUCACAUACUUCUUAUUCACAGGGUGGUAAAAUUUAAGUAUCAAAUGUACCUACUGUUUCACAACGUUUUGAGUUUUUUUUUGCUAUUGGUGUAAGAAGUGUGCUUGGGAACAGGAAAAUACUAUAUGAUACUAUUUAACACACUACUUAAUUUACCCUACGAUCCUAUUGAACGUCUUUAAAUAUUGAAAUGCAUAUGUAAUGACAGUAUAUAGUAAUGUGAUCAAUUUCGUUUAUACUUGUCAGAUUUUAUGAAAGUAUACCGAGUUCUGUUUGAAAUUCGCCAGCACCACUAAAAUUCGAAUAUCCUGUGUAUUGGGGGGAUUAUAAAGUAAAUUUGUUUCAAUUCUAAAAAUAAAAUUUGCCGACUUGUUCUUCUAAAGUGUAGCUAUAUAAAUAAUCAUAAUUAAUUUGUCUUCAAACAGAGGUUUUAAAUAACUGUCGGAUAAUAACGAAAGAAAUUACUGUUAGGUAGUGAAGUGGCAUUAUAUAUUAUUUCGAUAAAUUUCCUUUAAAAUUCUAAAGUUUCCUUGUAUGGAACUAGAAUAUCAACUAAUAUGGAAGGUGCACUAUAUAAAGACUUUUAAUAUGGAUUCAUAACAUUAUUUACAGUGAUAUCAGUAUCAAUCUAAAUCAACAUCUAAUGUGUCAAAAAUAGUUAACAAUCUGUAGUGGUGGAACUCCGCUUGUUAUGGGGAUUAAAUUAUUUUUACAUAUGUUGUAGUAAUUCUGAAGCACAGUAUGAUUUAGAAUAGGAUGUUGACGAUUUUCAAUGACUGAUAGCUAGUAUGUUCGAUGCUAGCAGAUUUUCACCACUGAUUAAAAACAAAAUAGAAAGUCUAUAUCUUAUAUUUAAUGUGCCUUUCAGUAUCUUGCUUUAUGAUUAUCAUGUAGCUAAAAUUGAGAAGAGUUUUAAUGUAGUUUGAUUGAUUAGACUCAAAGAAAUUAGAUAAAGAAACUUACGCAAUUUUAUAAUUGUGUUUUGAUCUAUAGCAGCUUAGAUAUAAUUACGUAUAUCUAAAGUUGUUUUAGAAUCUAAAUACUAUUUUAUCUAUCCACUGUAUUUUUUGCACGGAUAUAUUCACUAUAAAUGUACAUUGAUGAUAUACAACAUAAAUAAAAAAUAAAAGUAUUAACACAUAAGAUCACAUCACACCUAAUUCUUUGAAAAACUCACUAACAACUUAUAUGAAAAACAAGACUGGUGAUUGUGUUAGUACUUUGGAAAAAGGUUCGAGAUGCUCGACACUGUUAGUUUACUUCUAUAAGGACAGAUUUCAUGAUAUUGUAUCAGCCAAAUAUCUCACAGGAUAUUUAAAAAAACAAUUGUUUAAUUUAGUUUCAUUUUAUUGAUAUAACACUGUCCUGAUAGAGGUAAAUUGCUUUUAUUUUUGUUCAAAAUGUAAUUAGACUGUAUAAGGUUUAAAACCAGAAAACGAUAUGUGUUUGUUUAUCAUCACUAUGGAAUUUAUUUGUUGUUUUUAUUGUUUUCUCUAAUGAAGAUAUUUUAUUAUAUAUUACUUCUUGCACUUUUAUUAC